UUAGGUAUCAUUUCGCUGAUACAACUGAUUGAGCUUGGACCAUGUCGGGUAUUGUGCUGUACGGAUUGGACAUUAGUCCGCCAGUGAGGUCCUGUCAGUUGACUCUGCGGGCCCUGAAGUUGGAGUACGAGUUCAAGGAGGUGGAUCUCCUGGCGGGGGAACAUCGCAAGGAAGAGUUCCUGCAGAAGAAUCCCCAGCACACCAUUCCACUGCUGGAUGACAACGGAGUUUUCAUCUGGGAUUCGCAUGCCAUUGUUUGCUAUUUGGUGGGCAAGUAUGGCUCCCCUGACGACGAUCUGUAUCCCAAGGAUCUGGUGAAGCGGGCUCAUGUGGAUCAGCGACUGUACUUCGAGGCCAGUGCACUGUUCAUGGCUCUCCGUAAUAUCUCAGCGCCUUAUUUCUAUCACAAUGUCAGGGAGUUUUCGCAAGAGAAGGCGGAUAAUGUCCGUGAUGGUUAUGGUCACCUGGAAACCUUCUUGGGGGACAAUCCCUAUAUUACUGGGGACACCCUGACCAUUGCGGACUUCUGCUGUGCUGCCACAGUCUCAUCCCUUCCAGCUGUUGUUCCGCUGGAGGCUGAGAAGUAUCCGAAAAUCACCGCCUGGCUGAAGCGCCUCCAGGAGCUCCCCUACUACGAGGAGGCCAAUGGGGCGGGGGCCAAGAAGUACGUGGACCUGCUGAAGGGUCAGCUGACCCUGCUGUAAGCCCUUUUUUCCCACAAUUACCGGGUGCGUGGCGGCAUCAAUUUAUUAUCAUCAUAAUUAAAAAAGUUGUUUGUUAUUAACUACACUCGAAGAAAAAUAAAGGCCUUCGACAAUGCAUAGAAAAUAAACACAAUAAAUUGGA